CUGAAACCAGAGAGAGAAUCCCAAAAAUGACAUCCAGAUUGCGGUGGAGCAGGGACUGAGUGGGACAAAAACCCCGAAGAAAAACAUUUACAGUUUUCGGUGCAGAAACUAAGACGAUCCGAUUUUUAAUGACGACAGCUCAGUUAUAGGCUCUCUACCACUCUGCUUGGUGCAUCGUCCGUUUAAUGGAAUAGAAAUGUAGUUGAGAUUCUAAACAUAUAGGGGGCAUUCUUAAAAGCCGUUUUUGCAUUCAAACCAAUCCCCACGGAUAAGAGUCUGGUCUGUGCGUGUGUUUAGGGGGUUUGGAAGACAACAACGUCGAAGCCCACAGUUUGAACCACUUCACCUUAUAUUCAGUGUUCGAGGAGCCGCUGCAGACGAGUCAUCCAAAUGUGCGAUCUGAUGCCAGCUUCUAAGCCUGCAGAAAAAAUCGGCAAAAUGAAAAAGUUGAGAAGAACUUUAUCCGAGAGUUUCAGAAGCAUUGCGUUCAAGAAAGAGGACAGCGGCUUUGACGAAAUAUGUGUCACGAAGAUGUCCACACGCAGCCUCCAGGGAAAGGACGUCAAACCCCUGGACACCAUCCCUGAGGACAAGAAGGUGAAGGUCCAACGCACGCAGAGCGGCUUCGACCCCUUUGAGAAGCCGGCGGGCCAGGUGAAGAGGGUCCACUCGGAGAACAAUGCCUGCAUCAGCUCCAAGAGCGCCGCCAGCGGCAAAGAGUCGCCCAAACUGCGCCGCCACUCCAGCCCCAGUUCUCCUACAAGCCCCAAGUUUGGAAAAGCUGAUUCCUAUGAGAAGCUGGAGAAGCUGGGAGAGGGAUCAUACGCCACGGUUUACAAAGGAAAGAGCAAGGUGAACGGGAAGCUGGUGGCCCUGAAGGUGAUCCGCCUGCAAGAGGAGGAGGGCACCCCCUUCACGGCCAUACGAGAAGCAUCUCUCCUCAAAGGCCUGAAGCACUCCAAUAUUGUUCUGCUCCAUGACAUCAUUCACACCAAGGAAACCCUGACUCUCGUCUUUGAGUAUGUGCACACAGACCUGUGUCAGUACAUGGACCGGCAUCCCGGGGGCCUCCACCCGGACAACGUCAAGCUCUUCCUGUACCAGCUCCUGCGAGGGCUGUCCUACAUCCACCAGAGGUACAUCCUGCACCGAGACCUCAAGCCCCAGAACCUGCUAAUCAGUGACACCGGGGAGCUGAAGCUGGCUGACUUUGGUCUGGCCAGGGCCAAGUCCGUCCCAAGCCACACGUACUCCAACGAGGUGGUGACCCUGUGGUACCGACCCCCAGAUGUCCUCCUGGGCUCCACCGACUACUCCACCUGCCUCGACAUGUGGUGGGUAUGCCCCUCCCGAGAACACUCGCGCACACGCACACACACACACACACACCUCUGUCCCUUCGACCCACUGCCCCUCCAGCUACAAUACCCCCCCAGGGUGCAACGAGAAUCUAGCGCUGUGUUGUUGUUGCUCUGCUCUCAGGUCCUGGGGACCCCCUCAGAGGACAUCUGGCCAGGGGUCCACUCCCUGCCUCACUUCAAACCAGACCGCUUUACAGUUUACAGCGCUAAGAAGCUCAGACAAGCAUGGAAUAAGCUGGGCUACGUGGACCAUGCAGAGGAGCUAGCCUCCAGGUUCCUCCAGUGCUUCCCAAAGAACCGCAUCUCAGCGCAGGCAGCUCUGAACCACGAGUACUUCAGCCACCUACCGCCACGGAUCUGGGAGCUGCAGGACAUGUCUACCAUCUUCACGGUGGCGGGGGUGAAGCUACAGACUGAGUCCGGGGACAGCAUACAGGUCUGCGCCAGGAGGAACAGCCAGGGCAAGGACUCCACCUCGGACAGUAAGCACUGACCAGAGACCAGCUUCCCGGUGUACCAGGCUCGCCAGGUGGACGUCCCGGCCAACGAGGGCACAGAUUUUCCGAUGAAGGAUGCAGCUGAAUAAGGACACUUCACUUCACUCUCUUUAAGUUAUUGUCCUCACAAAAGUGUGCGUGUGCGUGUGGGUGUGUAUGCGUAUGCGUGAGAGCUCGGGAGUGUACAUAUGUGAGUGCAUGUGAGAGUAUUUUGAUGGUAGCUAAGAUUUCAGGCUAUCAUUUGCAAUUUUUUUGUUUACUUUUUAUAAGGUGAUGAUCACACAUAUAAUACCAUUGUCACAAUAUCAACGAAAGGACUUCACUGUUGCUAUAUAUUGUGAUUUGUGUUUGUUACUAGCUACCUAUUUAAGAAUGUAUAUUUCUAUGUACAAUAUACUCAUCUAGAAAAAUAUUUAAUGGACAAUUUUAAUAUGCCUACAUCUUCCCACCAACGCUCCAGUUCAUGCCAAGACACAAAACAAGGACACACAUGCAAUGAAAAACGAACAAAAAGAAUGCAGAACGAUUCAGAAAAAUAAUCAAACGGCAAUAUUUUAAGAUACUCUUCUUCUCUACACCUUAUCAGGUUGAGGGUGCAAUUACUGUAACUACUGCACACAAUAAUGGUAUUCAAACGGCAAUUAUUAAUAUGACGCAGAUAUUUUGUGUUGUGUUGUUUUCUGAGAAGCCAACCGAUUGAAUGACAUGGAUGCCACCACAACAAUGUUGUUGUUUUUCUUACAAUUUGAGCUGCAAUAUCAUGACCGGUGAAGACCAACCCAGAAGUCUGUGUUCUUGCCUAUGUGCUUGUUUGCGUGUCGGCGUGCGUGCGUGCGUGCGUGUGUGUGUGUGUGUGUGUGUGUGCGUGCGUGCGUGCGGGUCUGUUUGUGUAUUGAACAUGGGCAAUAUCUAAGCACUGGUGCUUCCAUGCAUGAGCUAAUCUAUGUGAGGGUUUCUAAACAAAGGCAAUAGAGUCAGUGUCUCGUUCCAUCUUAACUUCGACAAUCCCUGGUUAAGCUCCUUCUGUUCCCUAUCAAAGAUCGUGAUGUGUAUUUUACCAGACAUGACAACCAUGUCUUUGUGAGGAGACCUUCAAAAUGUGUGGUUCUCACAAUCCAAUGAUUCUAUGUGUUGACAUAUUUGUUGCUUUUCUUUUUAAAGUAAUGAGAAAAGGGUUUGACUGUCAAUUAGUGUGGGAGGAGUUGCCUUGGCUGUGUUUUGUGUGAAAAUACAAUUCCGACUUUGUAAACAAUGUGAAAUACCAUCAAGAACACAGCUUCCAUACAUUAAUGAAUUUGAGACGUACUGAAACCACACCUUCAUGGCUCUGCACUGUCAGCCAGCAAAGGCAGCAAGCGUAAACCAUGAACCACUAAACACUGUGGAUCGCUAGCGGGAGGACUGUUGUUCUGAAAGAGUUCACAUGACCUUCAACACACAGACACAACACACACACAUCCACAAUACAGAGUACACACAUCCGUAGAAGCUACACGGACAAAAUUCAAAGAACAGCCACACCAUGUUUCCCUGGUUGAUAUUUCCCCCUUUUUGCAAUCAUGAAAAAAGUCUCUUUAAGAUGUGCUCCGCUGUUUGGGAGACUGUGUCUCAGCUUUAAUAUCCAUGUCAUCAUUCCAAAUGAUGGCUAUCACACAAAAAAAUAGACUAAAAAGGUAAUACUUCGUCCCUCUAAAGUUUUGAGAAUGCACUUUUAAAAAAUAUAUAUAGAUCUAUUUGCCCUACAUUCCAGCAUAAAAGAUCACUUUACUACGCCUGCAUUGACCUUAAUUAUAUACCCUGCUUUGCCUGAAUGCGCAAAAAAAUCAGCCUUCAAAUGUAAAUAUGAUCCCGCGGUUUUGAAUCUUUACUACAAAUAGAUGGGACACAGAAUUGUAAACUUGAAAGUUAUCUCACAGCUGUUUGGGGGUUGUCCUCCCCAGGCAAUGUGGGUGUGAGCAGUUAAAGAGGAAUAGGAUCAAAUGGGGAGGCUCCGAUCGCUAGGAUGGCAAAAAAAAAAAGCGAGAAAACAGUAGAGGGUAAAUAUUGAGCUGCAUGUUCCGAUAGCUUUUAGUUGUCGCUGGUUGUGUUAGCAGCUCAAUGAUUAUUUUUGAUAACUCCUCCUCGUUGCACACGUUUUCUGAAUAGCAGAUCUUUUUUUUCGUUUUGUUUUGGUCCACCCCUGAGUACACUAGUGCUCCACACCAGAACGAUACAGCCCACAGUGUGACAUUAAAACAUUAUGUGUGUUUGACUUCAACGAGGGGCCAUGUUCACACGACCACAGCGCCGUUUGAAUCCAAUAUCUUGUUUUGUCAAUAAUGACAAACACAUUAGUCUAUGAAGGGUGGUCUGGGGGGGGGUUGGAACUAUUGCACAUAUAGCACUGUGACAGUUGAAAUUAAAAGCAAUUCGGCAUUUGUUUUGCCAUUCGUUGAUAACAAUAUACUGAUGCCGUUUUUAAAGAAAAAGGGAAAUAAAUGCAUUGGAUUGAGAAAUGUAUUGGCUACAUUUCAAGUAAAACGUGUAAAUAUUGUAUUUGUAUUCUUUGUUACACGCUGUGUUACACUGCGUAUGACACGAGGCUUAAUAACAACUGUCUUUAGGUAUGCAUAUACGUUUGCAUUUGCCCUCUUGGUUUGAAAAAAAGGUUUAAUGAACUCCUCACCUUUUGAGUAUACUACACACGUUUUCGGGGGCUAUUGUAUCGUUUCAUCCACGCAGACAUAAUAUAGGCGUUAUCCGAUCAUUGCCGUGCUGAACACUGAAACUGUAUUAUAUGGUUUUUCAACAAAGCUUCACUUGCAUCUUUUUCUUUUUUUUAUGUAUGCUGCACUGAAAAAAUUAAACAAUCAAUUUCAAAAGUGGUUUGGAAAAUAAAGCGUUGCCAGUCACUUCCUAGAGUGAAACGAUAUAGUCUAUAGUAGUAUAGCUUCUGCCGCAUUAUCGGUUACAACCUGUAGGCCUAUGUAAUAUGGUAUUAUGGAAGAUGUAAUGUCCUUCUGUAAAAUGGUGUUUAUUGUUGUUUUACCUGAAAUAAAACUUUAUUAAUGCUUCAAAGUA